AUGAAAGGGGAGGAAGAAGCUGUGUUAGUGAAGGAGGAAGAGGAGGGGGAGAUAACUGUCACAGGGAAAGGGGAGGAAGAAGCUGUGUUAGUGAAGGAGGAGGGGGAGAUGACUGUCACAGGGAAAGGGGAGGAAAAAGCUGUGUUAGUGGGGGAGGAAGAGGAGGGGGAGAUGACUGUCACAGGGAAAGGGGAGGAAGAAGCUGUGUUAGUGAAGGAGGAAGAGGAGGGGGAGAUGACUGUCACAGUGAAAGUGGAGGAAGAAGCUGUGUUAGUGAAGGAGGAAGAGGAGGGGGAGAUGACUGUCACAGUGAAAGGGGAGGAAGAAGCUGUAGGAGGAGGAGAGAAGAAAGGAUCAGAUUUGACACAUCAAAAAAAGAGGCCAGACUCUCACUCUGACACUAGGAAGAGUCCUACAGGGGAAUCAGACCCAGUGACAUCCAAACCAGCAAGACCCCACCAGUGUUCCCAGUGUGGAAAGAGAUUUAUCCGGUUAGGGCACCUGAAACAACACGAAAGAAUACACACAGGAGAGAAGCCUUACCAAUGCUCUCAGUGUGGAAAGGGUUUUGGACAGUCAGGUUCUCUAAAAGUGCAUGAAAGAACACACACUGGAGAGAAGCCGUAUCAAUGCUCCCAGUGUGAAAAGAAAUUUUUCUCAUCAGGGGACCUGAAAUCACAUGAGAGAACACACUUAGUAGAGAGGCCUUUCCAAUGCUCUCAGUGUGGAAAGAGAUUUAGCCAGUCAUCGCAUCUGAAAGAGCAUGAAAGAAUACACACAGGAGAGAAGCCAUUCCAAUGCUCCCAGUGUGGAAAGAGUUUUACCCAGAGAGGGAAGCUGAACUAUCAUGAAAGAACACAUACAGGGGAGAAGCCUCAUCACUGCUCUCAGUGUGGAAAGGGUUUUGGACAGUCAAGGCAUCUAAAAGUGCAUGAAAGAACACACACUGGAGAGAAGCCGUAUCAAUGCUCCCAGUGUGAAAAUAUAUUUUUAUCAUCAGGGUACCUGAAAUCACAUGAGAAAACACACUUAGUAGAGAGGCCUUUCCAAUGCUCUCAGUGUGGAAAGGGAUUUAUCCAGUCAUCGCAUCUGAAAGAGCAUGAAAGAUUACACACAGGGGAGAAGCCAUUUCAAUGCUCCCAGUGUGGAAAGAGUUUUACCCAGAGAGGGAAGCUGAAAAAUCAUGAAAGAACACAUACAGGGGAGAAGCCUCAUCACUGCUCUCAGUGUGGAAAGGGUUUUGGACAGUCGGGGCAUCUAAAAGUGCAUGAAAGAGCACACACUGGAGAGAAGCCGUAUCAAUGCUCCCAGUGUGAAAAUAAAUUUUUCUCAUCAGGGGACCUGAAAUCACAUGAGAGAACACACUUAGUAGAGAGGCCUUUCCAAUGCUCUCAGUGUGGAAAGGGAUUUAUUCACUCAUGGCAUCUGAAAGAGCAUAAGAGAAUACACACGAGAACAACCAUUCCAGUGCUCUCAGUGUGGAAAGGGGUUUAACUGGGUAGUGAGCCUGAAAACACAUGAGAUGACACACACAAGAGAGAAGAGCCUUUCCAAUGCUCUCAAAUACGGAAAAAGUUUUACCCAGUUAGGGAACUUAAAAACGCAUAAAAUGACACACUCAGGAGAGAAGCCUCACCUUUGAUCCCAGUGUGGAAAGGGUUUUGUUCAGUUAGUGCACCUAAAAACACACGAGAGGACACACACAUGAGAGUAGCCUCACUUUUGUUCCCAGUUUAGAAAGGGCUUUCUUCAGUUAAGGGGCCUGAAAGAAAAUGAGAGACACACACGGUAGAAGACGCCAUAGGAGCAGGGCUUCAUUCAUUUCAAAACCAGUAUUUACAUUACCUAGAUAUGAAAAAACAACCAUUUGAAUAUUGGAAUGUAUUUGAAAUUACCAUUUGGAAAGUAUUGGCAUUCUUCAACUACAUAUCAUAUUAAGAAUUUGAAAGACAGUAUAAUAAAUAUUAUAAAUUAUUUGGAUGUAUUUAAAAUAGUUGUGAAUGUACUUAGUAGUUUUAAAAAAAAACUAACAAACAACUUCACAUGUACAGGUCUUAUUUCACUGUUUAAUUACAAUAUACAGCCCAUACUUUACAUUGGUGUCCCAUCUGGUAUGGCUUCUGCUCAGAAACAGUCAGGCGCUUGCCAACUGUUUCUUUCAGGUUUUUGACAAGCUUUCCAUUCUACCUGGUGAGAUGUUUAGUCAGUCCUCUGAUGUAUGGAAUGAUGUCGAAUCCUUGCACGCAAUCUGUGGCAAACAUUUAGGAGCAGUAUAGACCUAGUCUGUUCAUUAUAUACAUCUACAUGAUGUAUUG